AGAUUGCAGUAUAUUAUGUUUGCAUUCCAAGCUCUGUUAAUUCCUGGCACAUUGGAAAUGUACAUAUGUAUGUCUCAGUGCACUUAUAAUAUUCUCCGGUCUGCUUUAGAUUAUUCAAUGGAAUCAUCAAAAUGAAAUAUGUAGCACUUGCCUUGUUACUUCUCAUCAGCAUCGAAACGGUUUUCGGCGGGGAUAUCAUCGUAGAGUCAAAGGAAGAUGAAUGUAGACAAUACUCUUCAUGUUCGAUUUGCAUCUCGCAAAGCGCUUGCACUUGGUGUGUUACCAAGAGUCGGUGCACCAAGCAAGCAUGCGGAAACGAUAACGUCAUAUACCCACAACACAUCCAGGCACUUAUGUCUGGGCCAGAAUUCUGUCCGAGAGUCAAAGAACCAAAACAGUUAACGAUCAAAAGCGGCACAAGGGAAUUGAUAACUGUAAGAAUCACCCAAAUAUAUCUCUACAUGGCAUUCACUCCGUGGAAAUGCAAGAUAUCUGUCGACAAUAAAGAGAAGGUGGUACCCGCAGCGUUAAUAGGGGACAAAGUCUAUUGCGAAUCCGUAGAGCUUAAAGUAGAUGGCGAAAAUGCAGUAGCUGAAGGCAAUGUCGUUGUGAUGUGGGCUUACAAUAAAUCAUUCGACGGUUCAGUGCAGCUCAAAGUCUGCCGCUGUGAUUUACUUCCAACUUGCAAGGCUUGUGUAAACUAACUGAAAAACAUAAAGACACUCAAAGUAGUAAACAAUAUAGGCAUCGGUCAAUACAUCAACGUAGCACCCCAAACUGAUAUUUUGUUUGAUCUUAUUGGGAGUAGAAGUAAUAAAUAUUUUCCAACAAAAAAGCGUUUGUUCCUUUUUUUAUGGAAUAGGAGGACAAAUGAGCGUACAGGUCACCUGGUGUUAAGUGAUCACUCUUGCAUAUUGGCAUAUUGGUUCGCUCAGAUGUGUCAUUGCUUAAAGUGUUAUACUUCUAAAUUCCUUAAGAGUUAGUCUAUCAAAUGUAAGAAAGUGUUUUAAAAUUUGACCUGCACAAGCCAUAGAAGUCUUAAUAAGAAGGUAUGAUGGAUGUACACACGAUAGGUGACUUUCAGUCCACCAGCCAUUUUGCGAAUAAUUAGUAUCAAUAUGAACGGUAGAGGUGAAACAACGAGCAGCUUAUUGUCAUUUCAUUGGAAUGUAUUGUUUUGAAUAAAUACCUUUUUUAAA